CACAGCGGCUGUGACAGUCCAGCGGGCAGGCGGUGGUGGCGCCCUGUGUCUGGCCCUUCUGGUGUGCACUGCAACCUAACCCUACUCCCCAGAGGAUCAGAUAGUGAUAAGUUAUGGCCAGAUUGCCUCUGUGUAAAAAGCAAAACAAGGCCUUAUAUGACAGUGUUGUGGUAGAUCAGGGGUGGCGCAGGCGAGACGUGGCAGCGCCGCUAUCGUUAGUAAACAUGUCGACACAGACACAAUGGCACUGGAACCUGCUGCCUAGCGUUAUAUUGAUAGAAAUCCUCGCCUACCUCCCUUUGUCUGACAGAAUCAGUGCUUGUUCCACGUGCAAGGCGUGGCGCUCCGCCCUGUUUCACCCUAGCUUCUGGCGCAGGAUAGAACUGGUGUUCGUGGCAGGCGAGUGGCGGCGGCUGGAGCGGUCAAGGUUUGUGGCCUCCUGGGCUGCCAGGAAACUACGGUCUUGUGUCAUUCACUUUGAGACGGUCAAUACCAACUGCCUGGUGGAAGUGGAUCACGUGCUUCUCAAGAUCACCAGGAACCCACAAGUGGAAGAACUUAUAUUGCUCCCAAGCCAUUGCCACACCUUCACCAAAGGCCACGACAGACCUUACUACUUACGUCACAACAACAACAACAACAAUAACAACAAAAAUAAUGCCAGUCACCCACGGUGUCUUCCCUGUUCAAGAUCAUCCUACCAGUUCAUUGAAAGUGCCCAGGAGUCUCUGCAGAGCAUCAUCAGCAAUAGCAGAAAUCUGCGUACCCUGGUGCUGGGCUGUAUCCAGGAUCUGACAGACCAGGCAGAUAUAUUUCUUCCUCUCCUGGCACACCACCAGUUCAAUUCCAUCUCCACUCUUGGGUUGGCCUCAGUGAAGUAUGACCCAAACUCCUACGCCCUGUUGGACAUACCACCAGACAACUUUGCUUCUUUCACAGCUUUACAGGUAUUAACAUUAGAUUAUGACUACAUGAGUGACCGUCUCCUGGGUGUGCUGGCAACGCCCUACACCUGCCCCCUGCGGCGCCUGGUGCUGCACGUCCACGGCAUUGACCAGACCCACCAGGGCACCUCAGAGUACAUGUGGUAUUGCUUCAAGCAGCAGCAUCCACAGUGCUCGCUAGUGGUGACUCUGAUGCACUCCUAUGAUGGGGUGGAACAGUUGGGGUCAGGCCUGCUGCACCCAUCCAUGCCUCUCACGCACUUCAGGGCCUUCUUCUGUGAAUGGAUCAACAUCGCAGCACUGCGUCUAAUGAGCAACUGGUACAGUGAGACGCUGCGGCACCUGAUGUGGGUGGACUCCCUGGACCACAGUGGCUGGGGAAUGCUGACUGAAGGCCGUGAUGAGGAUCAGGAGACUCCAGACCCACUUGUCAUGCUGGCCUGGAAGUGCAAGCACCUGGAACACCUCACAUUAUUUGGCUACGGGUAUGGUGGCAGUGACAUCGUGGCCAUUGCAAGACUCCGAGGUCCUGGGCUGAAGAAGCUGUGGAUCCCAGAAGACUGUUUGGAGGCAGAUGAGUCCCAUGAACUAGCCAAUGAGGAGGAUGUUGACAACAUUGCUGAGGAUGUCUCUGCUGGUUUGGGAAGGACUUGGCGACCACUGACACUCUCAGAGCUCCAUCCCUGUGUACGCACGGCUAACAGUGCAGAUACUGACCAGUAUAUCCUACCAAUCGUUCUUUCGGACACUAUAUUAAGUUGAGAACACAAAGAAGAAUAACAAAGAUGAAUACAGGGCCACCAGACUAACCUGGUGCCUCCAAAGCUGUUGAACAAAAGCACAAAUGUUGGCCUGAACUGCAUACCCAAUUAACUCUUCCUAUACAUCCAAACCUUUCACUCAUUAAGAAGGUGCAGGUAAUGUGUGAAGCAAUUGGAAUGACAAGUGAAAAAUUACCCUUGUGUUUAAGUGAAACAUCUUGGGAAAGAUUCUGUAAUCCCUAACUUUCACAAAAGAUUGCACCUGCAUUCUUGUCUUUCUAUUGUAUGGUUAGGUUUUCUUUCUACGAUAUGAACUAGCAGAACUCAAAAUGUGAUAGUAAACAGUACUGGGGACUUGCCCAUUUAUUUUGUAAGGGUCACGACUAUAUCUGUAGUAUAGAAUUUCAGAGGGUGUCCUCACCUAAUAUAUUUUUACUGGUAUAUAAUUUCCUCUGAGGUACUUGGGUGGCCUUUAUGUUUGUUAAAAUCACUCUUCAGUUGUAGUGUUAUUCUGACACUGGGCAGGAUGACUUUGCCUGUGUCUUUAUGUAGACCUCACUUCCUCCAGGUCUUUACCAUCAGUGAUGCCAUAUUAGGUUCUCAUCUUUUGAGGUACCUUGCUUCCUUUACAUUAUAUGAAGAAGUUUAUCUAUACAUCUCUUAUGUUGAUGUGUUAUACAGAUGGAUUAUACAAGAAUUAUUCUAUUUUCAUAUAUUGUUUGUCUGUGUUUCUAGAUGCUAAAGUACUUCUUGUGUGUGUGUCAGUUAAAGGUUUUAUUUUGCAUUAUUUUAAAUACUAUAACUAGAAUUUUCAACUAGCUACUUACCUUUACCACUUUUUAAGGUAAGCCAUCUACUGGGUACUUUGAGGCAUUUUGAUCACCUGGCUUUACCACUCUUGUAAGGUAUCAUCUUUGAGGCGUCUCCCCUCACCAGGUAAGCUUCCCACCAGUCACGUGCUGGCCACCACUCUUCUGGUGAAGACAGUCACCUAAUAAAAAAUAUGUGGUCUGUCUUGCAUCAUCAGUCCUCCAAAGGGAGAUGAAACCAUUACAUCCCUUGAGCCACCAGGUCAGUUUUUCAUAUACAUCUUUUUUCUUUCAUUCUUGGACUUGUUUUUUCCAAAGCUGUGUCAUGCGAAUGGCCAAUGUUUCUCCCAGAUGGAGAUUAGUACAUCCAAUCAUGAUUCCUAUUCUUAUAUACUUGUAUCAUAUGUAGUUUUAAACUUUGUUAGAUAUGGAUUAUUGGUUUUAUUUUUAGAGAAAUCAACUGGAGAUUUAUUUCUCCUUAUUUUGAAUUGAGAUUUUUAAAAGUACUAUUGUGAUUUGAGAUGCACAAAUGUAUUAUUUGUUUUCUAAAGUGAACCUCAGCAAGGUAAGAAGGGCUUUACCUGCAUUAGGAAGUAAUGAUUCCACUACAGGAGUAAGUGGCAAUUGAUCAUCUCCAUGAUCCAUCUUGUUUCUGUGAUACUGUUCAUGCAACAUGUUAUAGCGUGUUGCAGCACUCAAUGUGAAGUAGACUAUUAACUGUGUAAAGCACUGAAGACACGGACCAAAGUUUCCACACAAGCAGAACAAAACUAUUGGAAUGUUGGCAUAUCAUUUGAUUUUGUAUGAUCCUUAUAGGUUUGUAAUUAUAUCAUUAGGUGUUACAGUGUAAAAAGUGUGGUUCUGAUGGUUUCAAAUUAUUUCAAAGUAAUGCUAACAUUUUUUUAAGGUAUACAGUGUGCCAAUCAGGUGUUGGCUCAGUGUUUCUGUGUAAUAUUCAUUGAAUGUGAAAAUGUUGGUAUUGCUCACUAAAAUUUUACAGACACAGCAAAGAAAAAUAGUCAACACAAUACUUGUCACCUGUGAUCCAGCCUCUCCAGGCUCCAAAGUGAGACUAGGUUAACUUGACCCUUCCUUGCUACUGACUGUACCAAAUGUACUAUUACUAUGAGCUAUGCCACAAAGGUGCUUUAUGAGCCUUUUUAAAGUUGCAGUCUCUAGCAUGUAGCUAAUAGAAUAGCAGGAAAGAUAAUUGUCUUUCUCUUGGCAUCAAUCUAUUGUAUAUGUUGUAAGGUGAGCUCCCCUUUAAGUGAAGGUUGCCUAUCA